AUGACCAAAGCCAAAUCGACACCGACUCAACCCAGAGCCCGAUCAUCACCUCGUCUAUCGUCCGCAUCAGCUAAAUCCACACCGAGCAGAUCAGCCAAGAAGCCCUCUACCACGCUGCAGAACAGUAUCACCUCUACACCUACUAGGAGAACGUCUGGUAGAUGGAUCGAGAAAGGAGCAAAGACUUCGCCAUAUUUUGAUAAAUCCAAAGGCAAAGGCAAGGUAGCACAAUCGAAAAAGGUGAAAGGGAAAGCGAAAGUCGACGAAGAUGAAGAUGGGGAUUCGCCUAGUGGAUUGACAGAAUCUGACGAACCGAGCUCAUCAGAUGACGGAGGCUCAGAAGAUAAUUUCGAUCCUUCUUCCUCUAGCGAGCCUGAUGAGCUUAUUGAAGAGGAAUCGGAUGAGGAUGGAUCGAUAGAUUCGGAAUUUUUAGAUGAGGAUCAACCGAAGAAGAAAACUGGUAAUAAGAGGAAAUCCGUCUCCGGUGGUGGUAAAGGUGGAGGAUCAGCGAAGAAAGUCAAACUGUCCAAUGGCAAUGGGACCGGAGUCGGGAAGGGUAAAUCAGAUGUGAAGAUUGAGGGAUACGACGAUGAGGAUGAAUAUGAUGAUGAAGAAAUAGAAUUGGAAGAAGGACAGGAAAUCGCUGGAAGGAUAUAUCCUGCGCCCAAAACUGGACAAGUUCCACCUGGACGGAUAUCUCAAAAUACGUUAAAUUUCCUUAAGAACCUUCAAAUACCAGAAAGGAACGAUAGAGAAUGGUUCAGAUCGCACGAACCAUGUUUCAGACAAGCUGAGAAUGAAUGGAAGUCUUUUGUAGGGACGGUACAGAUGAAGUUCCACGAAGCUGAUGAUGAGGUGCCGAUAUUACCGCCUAAGGAUAUUAUACACCGUAUAUAUCGAGACGUCCGUUUCUCAUCCGACAAAACACCUUACAAACGGAAUUUCUCAAUGUCAACAAGUAGAGGUGGACGUAAAGGUAUAUGGGCAGCUUAUCAUCUAUCCAUCUCUCCCAAUGAUAAAUCCCUAUUGGCAGCUGGGAUAUGGCAACCUGGUAAAAAUGAAUUAGCACAAAUACGACAUCAUCUCCAGACCGAUCCACAGAGAUUCAGAGAUUGUAUUUCCCAUCCAGAUUUCGUGAAGUUAUUUGGUGAGGCUAAAGCUGAUAAGAAGGGUAGAAGACAAAAUGUUUUUGGGAAUGAUGAUCAACUCAAAGUUGCUCCCAAGGGAGUUGAAAAGGAUCAUAAAGAUAUUGAUUUGUUGAAAUUGAGGAGUAUUGCUGUUGUACAUCACUUCACAGAUGAACAAGUCAUUUCUAUAGAUUUUCAAGAGCAAUUAUACGAUGUUCUAGUAGUGAUGCGUCCGUUUGUCAGAUUAUUGAACGAUUAUGUCACUCUACCACCUGGAACAGGUGACGACAACGACGAUGACGAGGCAGGAGAUGAGGAAGAAGGAGAAGAUGAGUAG